AUGAAGACCGCUCUGGCGCUGCUGCUGCUCGUCUCUCUGGCCUGCCACAGCCACGCGCUCAAAUGUCACACAUGCGUGGCGUCCAACGACGACGACUGCAACCGACAGGGAUCCACCUCAUGUCCUCAGUACGCUGAUGCCUGCUCCACCAUCACAGGACCCAGCACCGUGAUGAAGUCGUGCACGUACAAGGCCUUCUGCGACAAGGCUCAUCAUGGCAGCAGCUCCGGAGCCAAGAUGGAGUGCUGUUUCGGUGAUGACUGCAACGGGCCCCACCGGAGUCACAGCCACGGGGAUCACCACCACAGCGGUGCAGGGGCUCUGGCCUCCAGCCCAGUCCUGCUGAUCACAGCCCUGCUGCUGCGUAUGGCCUUCAGUCAGCUCUAA